AUGGUUGUCAGUUGUUGUAGAUUCUUUCGCCGCGUCGGUCGCUCAGUCGCCGCCGCAGUCGACGUCGCUGCAACAUAUAUGAAUCCCAGUGUAUGUGCCAUAUUACCAUAGAAUCGGGAUCGAAAUCGGAUUCGUUAACUCACUGCAAAAGUACCGCGCUCCAUGCAAAUCCCAAAAAAAAGAAAAGAAAUCAUUGCCAGCUGCUGCAAACUGGUCGCCACAAUUUGCCACCUAAUGCAGUGGCUUGAAUUUGGCCAAGUCGUGCCUAUAACACGCUAUAUCGCAUAUAACAUAUAACCCAGGGCCAACCAGUCGUCGAUCCAAAGCGAUUGCAAUUAAAAAACGCAUAGAGCCAACUGGAAAUCAUGUACGCGCUGAAAUUCGAUGGCUGCAUUCGCUUGAGGUGGAAAAAAACAGCUUAGCGUGCUCUAAAAUACAACAAAAGUGUACAUACCCGCGCACGAAAAGCAAAAAAAAAAAACCAAAAAAAAAAAAAGUGUUAAAAAUCAAAACAAACUUCACAACUAAGUGUGCCAACAACCGCAGCAGAAACAACAAGUGUAACGAGUAGCAAUCUCCGGCUAGAUUUUGUUUUCGUGUAUCUGUUUUCCAUAUCCGAUAGAUAUGGAUACAGAUACGCGCAGAUACUCAGAGCCCAAUUCUGUUGCGUACUGCCCAAUAAUAGGUAUAACUUACGGUGAACCUCUGUGAAAAAAUUUCAAUUAAUAUGCAAAAAUUCACAUGACAAUAUCUGGUUUUGUGCCAGUCACACACAGCAGCCGUAUAAGAACAGAAGGGGAGCGAGAUACGAAAAUAUAAUAUUACGAGCUCGCACUCUGAAUCUUUUCCCCAUUUAAUUCAGCUCGAUCGGAGCCGAUCGGCAGUCUCUCACGAGCAGAGUGGAGCCCCGGUAAACAAUGGAACGCCCACGGUAUGGCGCCAAAACAUCAAUCAAAGCCAAAGAAAACAAACUGAACGAUCACUCGAAUCGACUCGACGCUACUCGAUUCAUUAUAGGCGGCUAAUCCCACGCGUCAAAGUUCUGCAGUUUAUCAGUAUUCCCGUAAAUUGGGAAAUUGAGCGAUGACGGCUGUGUAGUCACCACAAACUUUUGCUUGGGCUCGCAUUAUAGUGCGAUUCGCGGCGGUCUUACACAAAUUACGUUCAGUUUAGCCACGUGAAGCUCUCUAGAAAUAUGCGCAGAUUAGAUUACCGCUGAAUGAAUACUCCCUGCUGCCUAUACAUAUUGAUAGGCCCCCCCUCCCUUCUCCACCUAUUGGCCAUAUGUCCAGCGGUCGGCUAUCAACGGCGAGUAUCGCUGAGCCAAGAAGAUCGGGUUAGAUAGAGCUGGCCCAGGGCCACUCACCACCCACUCCAGCCCCACAGAUGUAGAUUGUGCACGCGUUCGCCCCGCACCCCUCCUCCUCGCACCUGUAUCUGUAUCUCUACCCCGGCUGUAUCUGCAUCUGGCCGAGUGUACCUGUAUCCCAACCUGUGCCCACAGUCUGUAUCUCCCCCACAACGCACACAGCCUAAACAUCUGAAUACUAUGAGCAAACUUGCCUGAUAUUAUCUUAUCACAAAUUAAUUGGUCGCCAUGACAACGGCCAAAGGCGCAAAAGGCCCCAAAACCAAAAAAAAAAAAAUAAAUAAAGAUCGGCCAGUGGGACUGGCCAAAAGCCCCUGCUGCUCCCUAAUCCGCUCUUUGUCAUUAACUUUAAAUUCAGUACUGGCAGCGUGCGGUAUUUAAGGGAAAUGCACCUGCCUUCGCGGUAGCUAAGCGCCUUAUAUACGCCCCAAAAAGUAUCUCACGGAUUGCGAUUGCCGUUGCGUUUGGCGACAGCCCAGCAGACCGUUAGUUUGUGCCGCAGCGCACACGGACUUCGCAGUCGCAGUCUCGGUCGCAGUCGCUUCCACCGCCGCUGGCAGUUUGAAAAUCCGUGCGAGAAUUAUCAUCUGGCAAACAGUUCUUCAUACCGGAUUAGAACGGACGUUUUCCCCAGUCCGGCUCGCGUUUUAUUUCGCAUUUUGUGCCAAUUUGGUUUUCCGUUUGGCUUUAAUCCCCCGUUUAUCUUCCGCAAUUUGGCCAAUAGAUCAAUUCGCAGGUUUUGAGUGAAAAGUAGACCCGAAAUUCAUAUUUGAUGAGACCGCGUUUGCCGCCAUCGUGUGUGACUUUGUACUAUGAGCAGCAGUGUAAGGCCAGGCAGCACAGGCACAUCGGGCACCAGUUCAUCCGGCGGCGGGAACAGCCGUCCAGGUCACCGCAAGUCAUCGCUCGCCCUCGCCCUCACCCCGGAAGAUGAGCCGAUGGACGUCUACCAGCGAAAUCUCAUGGACUUGAAGUAUCCAACCGUGCUACCACCGAAUCCUCCACUUAAGGCCCUCUUGGUUUUCCACAAAUCGGACAGCAUCUGCGAGGCGAUCACCGCGGCCUGCCAGCGCCACCAGCUGGACGUCACGCUGGUCAAGUCGAAGGAGGAGGCUCUGGACACCCUGCAGAAGUCGUAUGCCACCGCCCAGUGCUACCACCUAAUCAUAAUUGAUGCGCGUUCUACGAAGAACCUGGAUGCGGAGCACAUUGCGAGAACCAUACGUCACACACACGGCCACCAUUUAACGACAAUAAUUGCAGUCUGCAAGAAGAGUUUCUUCGAAAAGGAUGAUGUGCUAAUUGCUCUAUUGGACGCUGGCGUUAAUAGAUGCGUAGCGGAGACGACCAACCUGGCCAUGUGCAGUGUGGAACUGAAGCAGAUACUGCACUCCAUCAUCCGGCCGCACAAUGUCAUGUCCACUCAACAGGCCCUCUACACGGCUCUGCACCGGCUAAAGGAGGUGGUGCUCAUCACGGACGACUUGCUGCGGAUUCAGUACGCGAAUCGUGCCACCGAGAGGCUGCUCAACAUGCGGCUGGACGAGAUCAUUAGCAAGCAGCUGGAGGACAUAUUCGUGUCGGACCUGUCCACCAUCAGUGAGCAGUGCAAGAACAUCAAGGAGUUCGACGGCAUCCUCACGGUGCGCCGUAAGAGUCAGGAGGGCAUACCGAUGCACGUGCGCGUGGUGCCGGUUGCCUGCAUCGGCAGCGCACCCACGCACCUGAUUUUCAACUUUGAUGUGCCCGGCGGACAGAUGGAUUUCAUAGCCACACUGCCGCAGCCCAAAGAGGCACCCAGGGGCUCACUGCACUCGGUGCGGCGCUGCAGCUUUGAUGUGCGCUCCAUCGCCUCGGACGGAUUGCGAAGGACCAGUUUGGCCAAGCUGACGUCGCUGCCGCUGGAGGCCCCCAUCACUAAAAUAAUCAAUUUACUAUCACAAGUACAGGAGAAUUGUUCGGCCGAUGAGGCGCGUCUCAUAGACAAGGUCUUGGAGUUCCUGAAGCGCGAGGGACUCUACAGUCCGCAAAUGAAGGAGAUACGAACGGACGAUCCCAUAGCCACCGAUCUGAUUGGUGCUCUGCUAACGGGACCCAGCGUGUACUCAUCGCGCCGCAGCUCGAAUGACUCCAUCAUACGCACUGGCAGCUCCACAAGAACUGCCACGAUUGUGCCCGCCAAAAUGAAGUCCAAUCCCAUCAUCAUGGAACUACUUGACGAAUCUCUCAGCUGGGACUUUGAUAUUUUCAAAUUGGAGGAGAUCACCGACUACCACCCGCUGCUCUAUUUGGGCAUGGAGAUGUUCCGCCGCUUCGACGUCUUUGCCACACUGAACAUCGAUGAGAACGUUUGCAAGGCCUGGUUGGCCGUGAUUGAAGCCCACUACCGCAAGAGCAACACAUAUCACAACAGCACCCAUGCCGCGGAUGUCAUGCAGGCCACUGGCGCUUUCAUCACCCAACUGACCAACAAGGACAUGCUGGUGAUGGAUCGCAUGGAGGAGGCAACUGCUUUGAUCGCGGCCGCCGCCCACGAUGUGGAUCAUCCGGGUCGUUCAUCCGCCUUUCUGUGCAACUCAAACGAUGCCCUGGCCGUGUUGUACAAUGAUCUUACAGUGCUGGAGAACCAUCAUGCGGCCAUUACCUUCAAACUAACCCUGGGUGACGAUAAGAUAAACAUAUUCAAGAACCUGGACAAGGAGACGUACAAGUCAGCCCGCAGCACCAUCAUCGACAUGAUCCUGGCCACCGAGAUGACCCGGCACUUUGAGCACCUGGCCAAGUUCGUGAGCGUUUUUGGCGGCGAGGAGCCUCGUGAGCACAACUGCCAGACGGAUGAGGAGACGUCGAUACUCAUGCGCCGCAUGCUGAUCAAGGUGGCCGAUGUGAGCAAUCCCGCCCGUCCGAUGCAGUUCUGCAUCGAGUGGGCCCGUCGCAUUGCCGAGGAGUACUUCAUGCAGACGGACGAGGAGAAGCAGCGUCACCUGCCGAUCGUGAUGCCGAUGUUCGAUCGGGCCACCUGCAGCAUACCAAAGAGCCAGAUCGGCUUCAUCGAAUACAUCAUACAGGACAUGAUGCACGCCUGGGAGAGCUUCAUCGACAUGCCGCAGCUGAUCACCUAUAUGCAGAUCAACUACUCGCAGUGGAAGAAGUACGACGAGCAGGGCGUGAACACCUUGGCGGAGAUCAUGGCCAAGCAGCCGCCGGUGGGAAAGAUGGCCAACUCCAAAUAGCAUACGGCCUUCCGGAGAUUGUUCUCGGGUCUAUUGAAGCCACUGCCGGCUCAGGCGCCGGGCACCUCCACGAUUGGCGAGAACGAGAUGGAGGAUGUGCUCUAGUGACGGCGUCGAAGGUCCUGCGACGUCUGACUCCGGACCCGCAGUCUCUCGGCCUGAUCCUCUCUCAUUGAAGUCGAAGCUCAUCCAUCCCGGCUUAAGGGCCACCAUCACCGCUCCCGCUCCCCGGACUGCCCCCCACACACACACAUAUCUCUCAACGGACCAACGGCCGGGGGGUGGGGGGUGGGCGGUACGGAUAGUGGGGCGGCUCACGAAAAGGUGCCAAGCGGUGUCACAAAUGCGGUAUCAUACAAAGCAAACUAACUAAGGCAAACAAGUAAACAAUUAUUGGGCUGGACUCAAAAUUAAAUGUUUAAGAUGCAUCACAAGAAGCGAACUUUCUAUUUCUAUAUAAAUAUACCAUGUGAGUCUGUGUGUGCGUGAGUGUGUAUGUCCCCUCCACCUCCCCCCAUAUAAAUGUGUAUGUGUUUAGGCUAACAAAAGCAGACUAGCGGGCUAGCAAACUAGCAAACUAGCAAGCUAGCAAGAAAUCCCACAGCAUAUUGACCAGAA